AUGGCAGUGAGCAGGGCAGAGGAACGGGUUGCGAGCAGAGUUGCAUCAGGAGGCCAAGAUGAGGAUGGAGACUCCAUUGCCAAAACUUUGGCUUUGAGUGUCCUGGCAAGUCAUCGGAGGAGGAAGACACUGAAGUUCAGGGACAUCAUGCUUUGCGAGUCUAUUCCAGAGUUUGUGUCUUUAACCUUUAUGCCCAACGGCUCCCAAAGGAAAAGAGAGGGAGAUGCUGAAUGUGGUCGGAGAUUCUGGGCCCUCUUGAACCAGGAGGCUUCUGCCAUAGCUCUGCCGCCGCCUUCCGCGCCGCAGCCGCCGCAGCACUCGCAGAACCAGGCGCACGGCAAGGGCGGCCACCGCGCCAGGUCCGCCGCCGCCGCCGCCGCCGCGUCCUCCGCGUCCUGCUCGCGCAGGCUCGGCCGGGCUCUCAACUUUCUCUUCUACCUCGCGCUGGUGGCCGCGGCCGCCUUCUCGGGCUGGUGUGUCCACCACGUCCUGCAGGAGGUCCAGCAGGUCCGGCAGGGCCACCAGGACUUCUCCAAGCAGAGGGAUGAGCUGGACCAGAGCUUGCAGGGUGUCGAGCAGAAGGUACAGUCUCUGCAAGCUGCAUUUGGGACUUUUGAGUCCAUUCUGAGAAGCUCUCAACAUAAACAAGAUGCCACAGAGAAAGCUGUGAAGCAAGGGGAGGGUGAGAUCAACCGCAUCAGCGAAGUCCUACAAAAGCUGCAGAACGAGAUUCUCAAGGACCUGUCAGAUGGGAUCCAUGUGGUGAAAGAUGCCCGGGAGCGGGACUUCACAUCCCUGGAGAACACAGUGGAGGAGCGGCUGACAGAGCUCACCAAGUCCAUCAAUGACAAUAUUGCCAUCUUCACGGAAGUGCAGAAGAGGAGCCAGAAGGAAAUAAACGACGUAAAGGAGAAGGUUGCCUCCCUGGAAGAAUCCAAGGGGGAUCACAAUCAGGACCUGCAAAUCCUGGAGGAAGCCAUCAAGGAGAUGCAGGCCUCUGCGAAGUCCAGGGAGAGGGACAUCCAGGCCCUGCAGAGCUCCCUGAAGACCAUGGAGUCCGAUGUCUACACGGAGGUCCGGGAGCUGGUGAACCUCAAGCAGGAGCAGCAGGCAUUCAAGAAGGCGGCUGACUCAGAGCGCCUGGCCCUGCAAGCCCUCACAGAGAAGCUUCUCCAGUCCGAGCAGUCCUCCUCUCGCCUCCCAGAGGACAUCAGGAGACUGGAGGAAGAGCUGCAGCAGCUGAAGGCUGAGGCCCAGGGCCCGGAGGAAGCCAUUGCCUUCAAAGACUCCAAAGCCUUAGACGAACUCCAGAGACAGAACCAGGGCCUGGGUGCCAGGCUCCAAUACGUAGAGGAUGGCGUCUACUCCAUGCAGGUGGCUUCGGCUCGCCACACCGAGAGCCUGGAAUCGCUCCUGUCCAAGAGCCAGGAGUAUGAGCAGCGCCUGGCCGUGCUGCAGGAGCAGCUGGAAGGCCUGGGCUCCUCCUCCGACCUGACCAGCACGGUGAAGAGCCUGGGGGAGGCCCAGCUGAUGCUCUCCAGUGACCUGAAGGAGCUGAAGCAAAGCAUGGGUGAGCUCCCUGGCACCAUGGAGUCCCUACAAGAACAGGUGCACACGUUGCUCAGCCAGGACCAAGCCCAGGCCUCGAGCCUGCCUCCUCAGGACUUGCUGGACAGACUUUCCUCUCUAGACAACCUCAAAUCCUCAGUGAGCCAAGUGGAGUCAGACUUGAAAAUGCUCAGGACUGCCGUGGACAGUUUGGUCGCCUACUCGGUCAAAAUUGAAACCAACGAAAACAACUUGGAGUCAGCCAAGGGUUUACUAGAUGACCUGAGGAAUGAUCUGGAUAGGUUGUUUGUGAAAGUUGAAAAGAUUCAUGAAAAGAUCUAAAGGAACUGUGUGUGAUGGGCAUGAAUUUAUAUUCCAGUUUCUUAUGACCAAAAAUGUGUUGUUUCCUCCCAAUGCCCUCUCCCCAGUUUCUGACCCCCACUCCCACCCAAAGCAGUAGACACAAUCUGAACGCCAUAGCAUCAUGUUCUGUGCCCAGUUAAUUUAUUUCCAAAUAUUGCCACAUAUCUUUUGGUUUCUUAAGUCCUCUACUUCUGCUUGGGUUGACUUCCUGAAGGCCCAGCCCUGAGUAGAAGAGGUAGCUUUUAAGAAGAGCCGUGUCAAGUGUCAGGAAAGGGAUGGUAGCUUCAACUGGGGGUCAACAAAAGCAGAUCAACCUUAAAAAAAAAAAACGAAAAAACAAAAACCCUAUCUGGCUGGAAGAUCAAAAAACGAGGGGCACUUUUCUUUUUAAUUGCCUUUAAGGAAAAUUAAUUUUACUUUUUUUUAUACUCUUGGCCAGACUUUUUUUAUGAGAUGUCUCUUGCUUGUUGUCUUCCAUUUAGAACUGGUUAAAACUCAGAGAUAUUAGCUCCGAAUGGGGAGAGGGAGAAAGCCCCUCCCCUAUUCUUCUACUUGAAGGUGACCUUCAGAGGUGUGGUAUCUUUUCUGUUCCUGAAUCUGGGGAUGUCAAAAGUAACUAUGCAAAGAGUCCAGAAGGUUCUGAAUAGGAAAGCGUAACACAGGGAGAUCCAGUGCCCUUCUGUCCCUGGUGGCCUACCUGUGUCACCCCUUAGGAUGCCACCAAAUAAUGUGUAAGUUUGGAAUCCCAGGGAGGAGAGUCUUUGGGUUGUAUAGUGAGAGCUAUUCUACCCACAAAAGAAUGGGUCUGUCCCGGAGAGGUGUAGGCCAGAUCUUUAACAUGGUAUCCCUGAAGAGGUCUGCUGUUGGCUGCCCCCUCGGUCAGUGAACAUGUGCACUGCAUUUCUGCAAUUGUUUGCUGUAUCCCUUGCCCCUUGAGCUGUAUUGUUCUUUAAUGGCUGUCUUGCCCUUCCAGGAAAAAAAAAAAAAAAAAAAAAAAAAAAAAAAAAA